AUGACCGCACGCAACCCCCUUGGCAAGAGGCUGAUCCCUCACAUCAUUGAUGAUUUCGCCAAAAACGAGCCUGAGCGAGAGGCAUUCAAGAUUCCAAACUCUGCAAACGUUCAAGAUGGAUGGAAGGUUGUCACAUGGAAGGAAUACGCCAACGCUGUCAACCAUGCCGCUCACCGAAUCACCGAAAUUUGCGGCAAGCCAGAGAAGGGCACAUUUCCCACAAUCGCUUACAUUGGCCCCAAUGAUGCCCGAUAUGUAAUUAUCAUGGUUGGUGCCAUCAAGGCUGGUUACAAGGCCUUGUUCAUCUCCCCUAGAAACUCGCAAGAGGGCCAGCUCAACCUGUUCGAAAAGACAGACUGCCAUGUCAUUAUCGCCCCCAAAUCCCACCACAACGUUAUUCAACCAUGGCUACACGAGAGAGAAAUGCAGGCGGUCGAGGUUGGCGAAAUGGACAGAUGGUUCCCUCAGAGAGAGGUUCCUCACUUCCCCUAUGACAAGACCUUUGAGGAGGCCGAGUGGGAUCCAGUCGUCGUUCUACACACCAGUGGCAGCACUGGCCUGCCCAAACCUAUUGUUGCUCGGGUUGGCAUGCUGUCCGUCGGUGAUGCUUACAUUGAGCUCCCAGAGUUCCAAGGCACCAAGUUCCACUUCAAUAUGUGGACAGAGAAGGCCAAGAGUCACUUCUUCCCCAUGCCAUUAUUCCAUGCUGCUGCAUUAUACUCCUUUAUCAACAUUGCAGUAUACAGAGCCUCUCCGUGCGCGUUCAGCGUCGAUCGUCCCCUUUCGUCAGACCUCGUGGCUGAGACAUUGCAACAUUUGCAUGUUGAAUCCGCAUUUCUACCACCGGCAAUCCUUGAAGACAUGAGUCAGGAUGAGACCUGUAUAAAAGAAUUGACAAAGCUGAACUUUAUUGUAUUUGGUGGCGGCAAUCUCGCCAGAGAAGCCGGAAACCGGCUGGUCCAAGCCGGUGCACCUCUUGCCAAUAUGAUCGCCGCAACAGAAGCCACUCCAUGGCCUUACUUCUACCAGAGUAAUCCUGACCUUUGGCAAUACUUCAUCAUCAACUCCGACCUCAUGGGCUACGAGUGGCGCCCAACGAGUGAGGAGAAUGUCUACGAGCAGGUCGUGGUCCGCAAGGACAAGAACCACCCCGGUCUCCAAGGCUUCUUCUACACGUUCCCCGACGAUACUGAGUACUACACAAAGGAUCUGUACAAACCCCACCCGACGUUGCCCAACCACUGGAUCUAUUACGGAAGAGCCGAUAAUAUUAUCGUCUUCUCCAACGGCGAGAAACUUAACCCAGUAACAAUCGAGGAAAUCGUUUCGGAUCACCCGCAGGUCCAGGGUGCUGUAGUCGUUGGUACCAACAAGUUCCAGCCGGCCAUCAUUAUCGAGCCCGUGACAUACCCCAAGAACGAGGACGAGAAGAAGACAUUUUUCGACUCGGUCUGGCCGUUGGUGGUAAAUGCCAACAAGGAGACGGUGGCCCAUGGACAGAUUGGUCGCCAGUUCAUGAUGUUGACCAGCCCGGACAAGCCUUUCCCCCGUGCCGGAAAGGGUACAAUCCAGCGGGCUGGAGCCGUCAAGCUGUACAAGGAUGAGAUUGACCAGCUCUACGAAAAAGUCAACCAGGUGUCCCAGGCGGAAGCCCCGCGUCUCGAUGUCAGCUCCGAGGACGCCCUUGUCAGCUCUAUCGAGCGAUUGUUCGAGACUCACCUGCAAUCGCCCCAUCUGGAGCCAGACACGGACUUCUUCUCAGCAGGAAUCGAUUCCAUGCAGGUCAUCAACGCAUCGCGACUGAUCCGUGCCGGUCUGGAAGCUGCUGGCUUCCCCACCGACAGUACUUCACUAGCCACUCGCGUUAUUUACGGCAACCCGACGCCACGUCGUCUGGCUCAGUACCUGAUGGCGACGCUCGUCAGCGGCAACGGCAAGGACACGGCAAACGAGGACAUGGAGCAGCAGCGCGUCAUGAAGCAGCUCCACGACAAAUACACCCGCCACCUCCAGGCAGGCAAACCCGGCCGACCUGAAGCUGCGGACAAUAACCAGGUCGUGCUCCUGACAGGCUCCACCGGCAUGCUCGGAUCAUACUUGCUCGACAAGAUGUCGCGAAACCCCAGGGUGAAGAAGAUCAUUUGCCUGAACCGGGCCGAAGACGGCGGCGUCGCCCAGCAGGCCAAGGCCAUGCGGGAGCGCGGGCUCGACACCACGUACGGCGGCGGCAAGGCCGAGUUCCACCACGUCGACAUUUCGCGCUCCGAUUUUGGCCUGGCCCGGGACGUCUACCAGCGCCUGCUCACCGAGGCCGACCGCUUCAUUCACAAUGCCUGGCCCGUCAACUUCAACAUCUCGGUCGAGACCUUUGAGCCGCACCUGCGUGGCGUGCGCAACGUUGCCGACUUUGCCACACGCGCUGAUAAGCGUGUUGCCGUUGUCUUCAUCUCGUCUAUUGGCACCGCCGACAGGUGGGACGCCAGCCAAGGUUCCGUUCCAGAGCACCGUCUCGAGGACGUGAGCCUUGCCAGUGGUGGAUACGGACGCAGCAAGAUGGUCGGCGCCUUUAUCCUAGAGGACGCGGCCAAGGUCGGAGACUUUCCGGCCGUCAACAUCCGCGUGGGCCAGAUCGCCGGACCCGAGGGCGAUGCCGGCGUCUGGAACCGACAGGAAUGGUUCCCCAGCAUCAUCGCCAGCAGUUUGUACCUCAAGGCCCUGCCCGGCGACCUGGGCAUCAUGAACCAGGUCGACUGGACCCCCGUGGAGCGAGUCGCCGGCCUGGUGCUCGAGAUUGUCGGCGUGGCUCAGCAGAACCGCCCCGAGGAUAUUAGCGGCUACUAUCACGGCGUCAACCCGUCGCACACGACCUGGCCAGAGCUGGCGCCCGCCGUGCAGGAGUUCUACGGCAAGGACCGCCUGCCCGAGCUCGUGAGCUUCCAGGAGUGGGUGAGCCGUCUAGAGAAGACUCAGGCCGAGGAUAUGAGGGCCAUGGACGCGAAUCCCGGUAUCAAGCUGCUGGACACGUACAAGGGAAUGGCCGAGGCCGCUCAGGCUGGACACAAGCCGGUCACGUUUGAGAUGCAGCGCACAACGAAGCAGAGCCCUACAAUGAGAAACGCAAAGGCUGUGAGCCCUGAGCUGAUGAAGCACUGGUGUAAGCAGUGGGGAUUUGCUUGA